AUGGGGAAAGGUAAAGCGAAGGUCGUCCCUCAGGAGAGGAGGGACUUCAGGUCGGAACGAUUUAACAACAGUAACAGGCCGAGAAGGGACUAUGUAGAGCAGUCCGGAUCUACCGGGGCUCAAGCAGUCCAUGCUGUGUUCCGAGAACCUCUUCACAAAAUCCUAGAGAAGGUGAAGUAUGAGCCUUUCUUUCAAUGGCCGAACAAGAUGGCUGGCGACCCUUUGAAGCGUAAUCAGAACCUGUAUUGCGUGUACCAUCAGGAGCCAGGCCACACUACUGAUGAUUACAGGAACUUGAAGAACUAUUUAGACCGGCUCGUCCGAGAAGGGAAGCUGAAACAUCUACUGCAUCGUCCUGAAGGAUGGCAAGAACCAUCAAACAAUGAAACCAGACAAAGUACGUUGAGGCCAUCCAUUGGCACAAUUAAUGUCAUUCUCGCCGCACUUGGAAGGACAGGAUCUGCCCCCUUCAGGGUAAUGUCAGUGAGCAGCUUCCAAACUGAGCCAAACGGCAGGGAACCCAAGAGAGCUAGAAAGAGCGCCACGUUAUUAAUCGGGUUCACGGAGGAAGACAAACAAGGGACUAUUCAACCCCAUGAUGAUGCCCUAGUUGUCACACUCAGAAUAGGGGGUUAUGACGUGAAGAGGGUAUUAGUUGAUCAAGGUAGUGCCGUGGAGGUAAGGUAUCCUGAUUUGUAUAAGGGGCUGAACUUGAAGUAG